AAGAAAGAAUUUUAAAAACAAAAGCUCCUUCAAAGCUGCACCACAGACACAGAGAUAAAGAGUAAUAGAAAUAGAGAUGAGAUUUCAAAAGAGAUUGGCGUUGCUUAGGGUUUCUAAAAUCAACAACAUAUCACCAUCGCCACAUCUGUUUCAAUCUCAUGUUUCUCCUUCUCUCUGGCAGCUUAAAUCAAAUCAGCUCCAGCAACAAAAACUGUUUUCUUCUUCUUCUUCUUCUUUUGGAAUUGCAUUUGACAUUGAUGGCGUUAUUCUUCGUGGCCGUGUUCCCAUCGGUGGCUCUCCUCAGGCUCUGAAGAGAUUGUAUGGAUAUAAUGGAUCUUUGAAGGUUCCUUUUCUGUUCUUGACAAACGGAGGUGGCAUUCCAGAAUCCAGACGAUCCAUUGAGUUAAGUGAAAUUCUAGGUGUAAAGAUUUUACCUUCUCAGGUCUUACAGGGUCACUCACCUUUUAAAAAUCUGUUAAAGAGAUAUGAGAAUCAACUCAUUAUUGCCACCGGAAAAGGGGAACCUGCUGUAGUAAUGUCCGAGUAUGGUUUCAAAAAGGUUCUCUCUUUAGAUGAGUAUGCUUCUCUCUUUGAGAAUAUCGAUCCUGUGUCUCAAUACAAGGAAUGGGCAACCAAGAAUGUAGUGAAUGGGACUAGAAGUACUCUCUCUGUGAAUAUGCCUCCCAGAUGCAGUUUUUCUUCUGAAGCAGUUAAUGCAGUAUUUAUUGUCAGUGAUCCUGUAGAUUGGGGCAGGGACAUUCAGGUUCUCUGCGAUGUGUUAAGAUCUGGAGGCAUUCCUGGACAGGAUAAAGGGCAUCAACCUCCUUUAUAUUUUGCCGCUGAUGACCUUGAAUAUCAGGCUGCAUUUCCUUCUCAGCGUCUUGGAAUGGGUGCUUUCAGAAUUGCACUGGAGAGCAUCUUCAACAGGAUUCACCAUAAUGCUCUAGAGUAUGUAACAUUUGGGAAACCAAAUCCAUUUGUAUUCAAGAAUGCUGAAGCUGUACUAAGCCAGCUUCUGCUGUCUUGUCAUACCGAAGCUAAUCUCAAGAAAUGCAGAGGUCCUGAAAUACCUUAUUUGAAAACCCUUUAUAUGAUUGGUGACAAUCCUUCAGUUGAUGUCAAAGGUGCACAGCAGGCAGGAGACCCUUGGUUUUCUAUCUUGACAAGGACAGGCGUUUUCCGUGGAGAAGAUAACCAUGCAGAGUUUCCUGCAGAUCUGGUGGUUGAUACUGUUGAAGAGGCAGUGGAUUAUAUUCUGCAAAAGGAGUCUAAUUCUUAGUACUACUGCCAUUGGAAUAAUUGUUGAGCGGCGUUCUGGCUAUCUGUUUCUGGAUUAUGGGUUAGGAAUGGAAUUUGGGGUACAUAUUAUUUUUGGAUUGGAAUGUGUUUUAUUCUUCAGUGUUUUAUUGAUUAUGUAAACCAAGUAACAAGACACCAUCAGCUUUGUUGCUGAUGAUGACCUAACUACUACACUACUCUAAUUGAUUAGAUUGGGUUGGAUUGAGUAAUUAUUUGUUGGGUGUCAAGAGUAUCAUUGAAGAGCAUGUGGCGUAGUUACAUGAGAAAGACAUCCUUCUACAUUAGGUUCAUGGGAUAGCUAACUAAUAGAAUAGUUAUUCUAUGUGAAAUGACUAUUUCAGGAUUUGAUUCAAACUUGAACUAGAAAUAAUAUUUGCAUGGAAUAGCUGUUUUAAAUUUUAUAGAUGUUAUUUUAUAAUGAGUUGAAAAAUGACUAUUCUGAACCUUAAGAAAUAAUAUACUUUUUUAGUUGGUUAUGUUAAGUUCACUUGGCAUUAUCUUUAAUUAUCUAUCACUAUCCACCACCCACCCCAUCCCACCAUCCACACUACCGCAAUCAUUGUAUAUAAUAUAUUAUUAUAAUUUUAUUUAAAAUGAGUUAAUUCAAGUUCGUGAAGCAAAGAGUAGAAUAAAGCUUAUUUAGAAAUAAUUCUUCUAUCUCUAUUUAUUAUAUUCCUUAAGAAUUGAUAUUUUAUUCUAUUACAUGAACCAAACAUUACUU